AUGGAAAAUGCUGAAGAAGGUCUAGAUGAGAUUGAGGCUCAGAGGCAAAGGGCAGGAGAUAAUCUUCAGGCCAGAGGAGACAACAACGAAAUGGAACCGCCAGAGUUUCUUCAGAAUCUCAUACUGGAGAAUAUUUUCGUCCUCCCCGAAGAAUAUGAGCCCAUGAAUCCCGAGAUCUUUUGCGCAUUUAGCGCAGGGAAUGAAGUAUCUUUUGACAGAAUGAGAGAGCAUAAUGUAAUAAUGGCAUGUUUCAAAAGUGAUCAAGGAGAUUCUGUUCUUCAUCUUGCAGCCGCUUCGGGUCGUCUUGCACUAGUGAAAUGCAUAGUCUCUGAAUGCCCAUCUCUUCUACUGGUGUCAAACAUAAAGCUUGAGCUUCCACUUCAUGUUGCCGCUCGUGCUGGUCAUUUAGCUGUUGUUGAGGCUCUUGUUCAGGCCGUAGGAUUUGUCUCAGCUAGACUUCAAGAUGAAGAUAAUGAGAGACUUAAUGUAUAUGUUAUGCGGGACAUAAAUGGAGACACUCCUCUUCACUUGGCCAUGAUGAAAGGGCGGAGACAUAUGAGGAUUGUUGACUGCCUGCUAACGGCCAACAAUACGGCUUCACUUCUGGCGAAUAAUGACAGAAUAUCUCCCUUGUAUAUGGCCAUAGAAGCUGCAGAUCGUCGACAUGUACAAGCAAUUUUAAGGACAGUACCCCGGGGUGGUGAUGACAGGAGAACCUUAAAUGAUCUCUUGCAUGGGAGAAAAGAUCUUGUACACGCUGCUUUGAAGUCCAAGAGUACAGAUAUCCUUGAUGAUCUCCUUGACAAAGACGCAAGUUUUUUGGAUGAACGAGAUGAAGAAGGCAUGACUGCUCUUUCAUUUGGAGCAUUGAUAGGGUUCUACAAAGGAGUAUGCAAGCUAUUAGACCGAUCAAUAGAGCAUGUUUUUGUAUGCAAUGACGAUGGAUCCUUUCCAACCCAUGUUGCUGUAGAGAAAGGUCACAAGAGAGUUACCAAAGAGAUUCUCAGGCGUUGCCCAGAUUCAAUUUAUCUGCUUAACAAACAAGGUCAGACCAUUCUGCAUACUGCAUCAAAGCGUGGGAAAGAUGCAUUUUUCGUUUUUCGUUAUACGAGGAAAACUGGUAAUGGUCUUCUUAUGGGGAAGCAAGAUGUGGAUGGGAAUACACUUUUGCAUCUGGCUACCUUAAACUGGCGCCCUCGUACACUUUAUGAACUUCUACAUCUUGACUAUGCAACAAGUAUCAUCGGCACACUGAACAAUAAGGGUUUAACAGCUGUGAAACUUGCCGAGACAAAUAUGCAAACCAACUACAUUUACAUGGAGGCGUUGUCUUGUUUGUUUGGAUUACAGAGGGUGACACUGAUGGUGUUAUUGUACUAUUACGCAUGUUCAAGAGGUGUCUCCCAGAUGUUUAAGCAAAAGAUAACAAAACGAUCAGGCCCACCAAUUGAUGGCAAUUACAAAGACUACGUCAACUCUCUUCUAGUGGUGGCAGCUCUUAUUGCAACCAUGACAUUUGCUGCUGGUUUUACACUACCAGGUGGAUUUAGCACCAGUCCUGACAGCAUGGGCAUGGCAAUUCUAGGCAACAAAAGUGAACUCCUCUAUUUUUUGGGAUUUGACGUUUUGGCAAUGCAGUGCUCCAUCGUAACGAUAAUUACUCUGUUAUGGGCGCAGCUGGGGGAUCCGUAUCUCAUGCAUAAAUCCUUAAAUGUGGCCUUGCCUACAUUGUCUUUGGCUAUAUUAUGCACGACAAUCGCGUUCUCUAUUGGCGUUUUUAUUGCAAUACCGCAUGGUAACAUCUUUUUGUUUAUCGUCCAUUCCUCGUUUGCGCUCCUCUUCUAUGUGAUUUUGUAUAUCGCUGGCCCUCACGUUCUGCUACAGGCACCUAACAUUCCUGCUAUCUUUGGAACGGUUAUAAUUCCAUUUUUUAUGUUUUUAAACGAAGACUGCGAAGACAGUUUAUCAAAGAUUAAAAGCCAAGAUUCCGUCCAAGACCAAGGCCCCGUCCAAGACCAAAAUCAAAAUCCCGUCCAAAACCAAGACCAGGUCCCCAUCCAAGACCAAGGUCAGAAUCCCGUACAAGACCAAAAUCAAAAUCUCGUCCAAAACCAAAACCAGGGUCCCCUCCAAAAUCAAAAUCAAGCCCCCAUUCAAGACCAAGGUCAGGACCCCGUCCAAGACCCAAAUCAGGCUCCCGUUGAAGACCAAGGCCAGGGUCUUGUCGAAGACCAAGGUCAUGACUGA